AUGAAGUUGUCCUUGUUGUCGCUGGCGACCCUAGCAGGUGCUGUCACUGCUACGACUACCCUGGAUCCUAUUGUUAUCAAGGGCUCCAAGUUCUUCUACUCUAGCAAUGAGACUCAAUUUUACAUGCGCGGCGUUGCAUACCAGUACUCCCAGACUGAAGACCCUCUGUCUGAUGAGACUACUUGCAAGCGCGAUGUCGCCGUUAUGCGGAAAUUGCGCACCAAUGUGAUUAGAACCUACUACAUUGAUCCCACAGCCGACCACAGUGCUUGCAUGGACCUUCUCGCCGAGGCUGGUAUUUACGUCGUUUCCGAUCUUUCCAGCACCACAGAGUCUAUUAACCGUAACGACCCCGCCUGGAAUGUCGCUUUGUAUGACCGCUACACCAGUGUCAUCGAUGAGCUGUCCCAAUACAACAACACUAUCGGUUUCUUUGCUGGUAAUGAGGUUGCCAACAGCGUCAACACCACGGCUGGUAGUGCUUAUGUCAAGGCUGCCGUGCGUGACAUGAAGAAGUAUAUUAAGGAGAAGAACUACCGGGCUAUGGGUGUCGGAUAUGCUACUGCUGACGUCUCUACUAUCCGUGAAGAUCUCGCUAACUACUUCGACUGUGAUACUACCGAAGACGCUGUUGACUUCUGGGGUUACAAUGUCUAUUCUUGGUGUGGUAAAUCCACCUAUGAGGGUUCCGGCUACAAGGAUCGUACCGCAGAAUUUGCCAACUACACCGUCCCCGUCUUCUUCGCCGAGUAUGGGUGCAACGAGGUUUCUCCUCGUCCCUUCACUGAAGUGACUGCUCUGUAUGGCGAUGACAUGGCUGCUGUCUGGUCUGGCGGUAUUGUCUACAUGUACUUCCAGGAGACCAACGACUACGGCCUGGUGUCUGUCAUUGACAGCACCAGUGUCAGCUUGUUGGACGACUUCACCUCUUACUCCAAGCACAUUGCCACUGUCUCUCCCACUGGUGUGAGUAAGGCAUCUUACACUGCCACCAACACUGAGCUCCAGGCCUGCCCCACUGUUGGAGCGUCUUGGGAAGCCGACCCCUCCCCCCUGCCUCCCACCGCUGAUUCCAGCCUCUGUAGCUGUAUCUAUGAGGAGUCCGCCUGUGUUGCAGCCAGCCUUAGCGAUACCAAGAUGAGCUCCCUGAUCGGCACUGUCUGUGGCCUCACUGACUGCUCUGGACUCGACGCCAACGCCACCAGCGGUGUGUACGGUGUCUACAGCAUGUGCGGUCUCGAGGAUCAACUCGCCUUUGCCCUGAACAAGUACUACAACGAGCAGGACCAGGAUGCUUCCGCCUGCAGCUUCGGUGGCUCUGCUUCCACUAAGGCUACCACUGCCGCCACUGGUGCCUGCUCCAGCCAGAUCAAGCAGGCUGGCACUGCUGGUACCGGCAUUGUCACCACCAAGGCCACUGCUACUGCUGGCUCCGGCUCCAGCUCCGGCUCCAGCUCAACCUCAACUUCCAAGGGUGCUGCCGCUGGUACCGUCCAGUCUAGCGUUGUCUUCGGCUCUUUCCAGGUUGGUCUCUGCUCCGCUAUCGCGGCCAUGACCGGUUUGGGAAUGAUUCUCCUGUAA